CCCAAAAAUCCCCUCUGCCCCGGGGCCACCCGGGCCAACGGCGAGGUGAACCCCCAGUACGAGGGCACCUUCGUCUUCCCAAAUGACUUCCCUGCGUUGCAGCCCGAUGCUCCUGAGCCUGGUGACAGUGAUCACCCCUUGUUUCGAGCUGCAGCAGCCCGGGGUGUGUGCAAGGUGAUGUGCUUCCACCCCUGGUCGGACCUGACGCUGCCUCUCAUGUCCCUGGCAGAGAUCCGGGCUGUCAUCGACGCGUGGGCAGAACUGGCGGCUGAGCUGGGUGCCUCCUACCCCUGGGUGCAGAUCUUCGAGAACAAGGGAGCGAUGAUGGGCUGCUCCAAUCCACACCCCCACUGCCAGGUGUGGGCCAGCAGCUUCCUCCCAAAUGAGGCACGCCUGGAGGACCGGACCCAGCGGCAGCACCUGACCCAGCACAGCGUGCCCAUGCUGCUGGAGUACGCUGAGCAGGAGGCUCUCCGAAAGGUGAAGACACGGCUGUUGUCUGUAUCCCCUCCCUGGAAGCUGGAUUUGUCCCUGGGCAGGCCCCUCAGCCCCCCAGAGCAGACCCUGCUGCUGCCCCGCCGCCACGUCUGUCGCCUCCAGGAUCUCCGUGAGGAUGAGAGGGACAGUCUGGCCUCCAUCAUGCAGAGGCUGCUCAUCAAGUACGACAACCUCUUUGAAGUCUCCUUCCCCUACUCCAUGGGCUGGCAUGGAGCACCCACGGGCCCCUACCUGGAGGAGGACUGCAGGCACUGGCAGCUCCAUGCUCACUACUACCCCCCGCUGCUCCGCUCUGCCACCGUCCGCAAGUUCAUGGUGGGCUACGAGAUGCUGGCACAGGCGCAGCGGGACCUCACCCCGGAGCAGGCAGCUGAGCGCCUGAGGAGCCUCCCCGAGGUGCACUACAAGCAGAGAACCAAGGAGACAUCAUGA